AUGGUCCGUGUCGCUAAAGAUUCCUUCCACAGGCUCGAGCAAGCGUAUGCGAACUUGAACGAGGACCGACUGAAGAGAGCCGAGGCGGAGAUGCGGGAGACAAGGACCACGUCGGACCCUGACAUAUCGGUCUUGCUUCGCGAGCUGUCGAUUUUUGGCCACGCACAGCCGCUCUCGAACGAAUCCCGUUUGCUUAUGCGGAGGAAGAUACAAGCUGUUAACAUUUGGGCCGGUAUGCCUGCAGUUUGGAUUACCAUCAGUCCCAACGACAUUAAUAAUCCGAUAAAGAUGAAGCUUGCCAUUCAUAGGCUGCACGAUUAUGACUCUGCAAAGGAGCUUUUGGCCGAUCUCCGUGAAAAGUACGACAGAAUCGCCCUCAGCACCAUGGAUCCGGUGAUCCGGUAUGUGGACUCUGUCUUUCAUGAGUGUUUAGACGAAGAUGCCGGAAAAGCCGUGCGACAACAGAGGAAGCCCAUCGAUCCCGUGGAGGAGGUCAUGACCAGCACCUCGGCUCUCACUGCGGCCUUCGAAGACGAAUCCAACUUCAUCGCGUACUGUUGCCAAGUGCACUCCCACACGUACACCUGCCUCAAGUAUUCUCUGAAGGGUGUCAUCGAACAGGGGGCAGAUCAACAGAGACGGACAGCCUGCCGCUUCAAGGCACCGUGGAAGAUCGUCGAGGAGACAGGGUUCACAGAGGAUGGUCUGCUUCAGAUCCGGCGCAAUCACCCGCUCGUCAACCGGUAUAACAAGUCAUUGGCGGUCGGCCUUCGCCACAAUCACGACGUCUCGAUGAUCUUGACCAAAACCAAGGGCCUGGCCAUGGUGUACUACAUCACGAACUACGCCACCAAACUGGAUACGCCGAUGUGGAGGCGCAUUGCUCUCGCCACCGAGGUUGCCCGCCAACUCCGCGAAGCCGGUCGUCCGACGUCUCGCGCACCAGAUCCCGCCCUGCCCGACAACAGGCAGCAGGCAGUGUUGAACGAGAGCCGUCAAUUCCUGAUGAGAACGGCAAAUCGGAUCUUCUCCGAGCGACAACUCUCGGCCGUAGAGGUCUGUUACCACCUCCUUGGAUAUGAUACCGACUUUACCAACGUGCCGCAUUGGUCUUUCCUGAACCUGACGGCGCUCUAUUGGGCAAUCUUUCGCCUAUGGUCACAUCUCCGCCAUCAGGCCGGCGAGCUGACGGACGCUGAACAGCCCGCGGAGACAAUCCGUCUGAGGCAAGGAGGGCGAACCCUUCUAUACCUAGACGCGUAUGCGUACCGCGGCCAUGUUCUACGAGACUUAUGCCUGUAUGACUACAUGUCAAUGAUUCAUUUGGAUUCCGACUGUGACGACUGGAUCCAAAAGCUUCGACGGCCCGACCAGUACGCCAUCCCGAUCUUCCAAGGAUACAUCAGCGACGACCAUGAGGACGAUCACCCAGUCUAUAUUAAGCGAAACUCUGUCCUACAUUUGGCGUUAUUUGUCCCUUGGGAAAACUUCAUUUCUGAGAGCCAAGGCGACAUAACCGACAUAUGGACGACGCAUCGAUCGGGGCUUUGUCCCCGCCUCCGUUUCCAUGUCUCCAACAUUGGUCUUUUGAGAAAAUCUGCCGAAGACGCGCGCAAGGACGCGAAGCUCUGGGCCAGUCGGUCGGAGGGCGACGACACAAUUGACGUCGAGUACCCACUUGACGACGGCCGCGAUGAAGAAGAGCCUCCAGCGCUGGCUCAUCGUCAGGCCUACAAAGCUCUGCUCCAGAUUUUGCGAAAUGCCGUGCAGGAUACGGACGCCACAAAAGACUCACCCGUCCUUGGAGGUCUAAUACACGAUCUGUGCGAAGAGAACCCGGCUGAAGAAGAGCAACCUUUUGUCCAACGUCAAGAGGAUCUGUACCGGAAUAUGCCCGAUCAAGCGGCCAAGGCCCAACAACUAUUGCAUCUUCGGAUGCUGGACGAUAUUGAGGGUGGUUCUCAGGGCACCGUACUAUCCACGAAUGGCGCCGACAUUGACGAUACCCUUGCUCGCUACGGCGAUAUGGAGUCCGCCGCUGCGCUCCCGGGCAGUGACCUCAAUGAACAAGGCCCUCGGAUGCUUGUCGACGUCAGUCCGGUCACUAGCUUCGUGGAGAUGGGACACACCACCGCGGCCAGCUUUACACUGAACUAUCUACAGACCAUGGCCCUUCAACUCGUUUGCCUAUUUCUGGACAGGUAUACGGCCAAUCCGGACUCAGCGGGUCAGCAUCUUCAAUACACCGGCGGGCCGGGUGGCACGGGAAAGUCGAGGAUUAUCGAUGCCCUGAAGGGCGUGUUCGCGGCGAGGAACCAGCCGCAUCUUCUGCAGAUAACCGGCACGUCGGGCAGUUCGGCGGCCCAUAUUGGCGGCACGACCAUCCACUCGGCCUGUGGGUUAGAUUCCCAUCGCGAUCCAAACAAACCGCCUCCCCCCUUCUCGGAGGCGAAGAAGUGGAUCUGGAAACAGAAGCUGGUACUCGUGAUUGACGAGGUCAGCAUGCUGGGAGGAGCCACUCUGCACAACGUCAGUCGUCACCUGCAGGCACUCCGUGACUGUCCGGACGAACCGUUUGGCGGCAUGCCCGUCGUCCUACUGAUGGGAGACUUCUACCAGUUCGCCCCCGUGCGGGAAACAAGCCUACUGAUCAUCAGACCGCCGGACCGAACAGAGACCCCCCUGCGACAGGCGACCAUCUCUCACCACAGCGGCUGCAGAUUGUGGCAUCUGUUCAAAACCGUGGUGCUCCUCGAAGACCAAGUCCGCGCACGCAACGAUCCCCAACUCCGUGCACUCCUGGAUCGAGUUCGUAACGGGCGCCAGACCCAUCAAGAUCUGAGCUUGCUCAACGCCAACAUUGUAGGACGCUCGCAAAUCACCUUCCACGAUGGUUUGCGCGCUAUAACGCCGCUGAACCGCACCCGCGGCGCGCUUUCUCCAGACAUCGUAGCGCGAACCGUCGGACAAGGCGACGACUCUGCCUGCAAAGUCCCCGGCGUCUUCUUCUACGCCCAGGGCAUGCCCGUGGUUGUCAACAAGAACGUCUACACUGGCCUGAAGGUUGUGAAUGGGGCCGACUUUGCUGCCGUGGACGUAGUACUCGAUCCCAAUCACCCGGGAUACUGCUUGGCCAAUGACGUGACCAUCCACUUCGGGCCACCACUCGGCAUUCUUCUGCAGUCCGAGGAGACGAAUGCCUUGGCGAUACCGUCCCUCCCUGUGGGGACGGGUAAAACGUUUGUAGAAGUACUCUUGGAGCUGCGUGGAAAUCGUCUGACCAAUGGCGAACCCUCCAAAUGCGAUUUCACGAGCCUCUAUGUUCAACUGUCCAGGUGUACUACGCUCCAUGGCAUCAAACUCCUCAGUCCCACUCACAAACUUGGCGGCGCAAACGAGACGGGCAUAUGA